AUGCAAAAAGAAAAUAAACUAUCGAUAUUUUUAAUAUUUUGUGAAAAUAAACGAACUUAUAGUGGACAACGUUCUAGUACGUAUUGGUGUCACAGUGCUACGUCUGGUCUACAAUGCUCUACACAAUUACUGGCUGCUGGAACUUGUGAUUAUCUAACUAAUAAAUACUGGCGGACAGGAAAUAAUACUUGUAUGUCACAGUCACCUAUGAAUUCAACAUGUACAUUCGAUCAUCAAUGUUUAACUAAUAUUUCUCUAUCGUGCUCAUCACCAACAAAUCGUAGUUCAUGUCAAUGUGCAGAUAACUAUUGGUAUAAUACAACGAAAUGUGCACGAAAGUUUCUAUCUGGUGCCACUUAUUAUACAGAUUAUUGGGCAGGCUUUCUCAAUAGUACCUAUGGUGCUUAUUGUACACCUAAAAUUAAUUAUGGUGUAACUUCAUUUACUUGUGUAUCAUCUUAUCAGUGUAGAGACUAUAACUGUGUUAAAUGUGUUUCUGGUCAAUGUACUUGUAAUAGUACAUAUGAAUAUUGGGAUGGAACAAUGUGUAAUCCUCGAUUAAAUUAUUCGUAA